AUGAGUAAUAGUCUAAAUGCUUCCAGGUUCCCGUUCUGUGCAGUUGUUAUGGCGGCGACCAACCAGAGGAUCACAUUGCUGCAGCAGGUCGAGGGACCAAAAUCUCCUGAAGAAUUGUUGUCAAUAUUGCAGAGAGUGCUCGAGGAAAGUGCUCCUGUUCUUGUUUCAGCAAGGGUUGAAGCCGAAGAGAGAAGGAACAAUAUGCGGCUGAGGGAGGAGCGGGAUGCUGCCUAUCAAGCAGCACUCGAGGCUGAUCGAGCUAGGGAGUGGCAGAGAAAGGAGGAACAAGAAAGAUUGGAGCGUGAAGCUGCUGACGCCGAAAGGAAAAGGAAGGAAGAGGAAGAGAUUCGUGAACGUGCUGCAAGAGAGACUGCUGAGAGAGAAGCUGCAUUGACUAAGAUGCGUGAGGAGAAAGCACAGUCACUCGGUGCUGAGCCUGAGAAAGGGCCUGAUGUUACUCAAGUAUUGGUUCGUUUCCCAUCUGGAUUGCGCAAGGAAAGAAGGUUUCACUUUACGGCAAAGAUACAAUCUCUGUACGACUAUGUGGACUCAUUAGGCUGCUUGGAUGUUAAUGGCUACAGCCUCAUAUCCAACUUUCCCCGCACUGUGUAUGGUGAAGACAAGCUCUCGUUGUCCCUCAAGAAAGCUGGAUUACAUCCUCAUGCCAGCCUCUUUGUGGAGUUGAGCUAG